AAUUUCCCUCUUAAAUAUGUUUACUACUGCAUUUAAUUUAUAAUUUUUAAGAAAUUGAUUGUUCAAAUGUGAUUUAAUGUUUUAACACUUUAGUGAGACAAAGCCUCAAACUGUUUUGUUUAUUUGCCCCCCCCCCCUCUUAGCGGCUUUUCUGCAUUGUGUACAGAGUAAUUUUAUUCUUAUCGUUGUAAAACAGUAAAAUUCAUUAAAAAGAAGACACUCUAUAUUUCUGACUUUGAUGGAAAAAAUAAAACAGAUGAUUUCAGGAUUAAGCCAGAAAAAUAGGAUUUGAAGAAAAAUUAAGAGAAUUGUUAUGUAAACAAAUUUCGAAGAAAGAAGUUUUGAAUUAAUAUUCCAUAAACAGAAAUAUGGCUAGACAACGCACGCAUGCUAAAGAUUCUCGAAGUAAUAAUAGCAAUAUUAGACAUCGUAAAACUUCUACUACAACUCGAUCAGUCAAACAAAGAAGUCCUUAUUUGGAAAAUUGGAAUAACAAACUGGCAAUAUUUGUGGCUGCAAAUGUGAUAAUUGUUAUUCUUUGUGUGGUAUAUUUUUUCUAUCAACAUCAUUUAGAAAACAUCAUUGUUACUCCUUUAAAUCUUCCAAAAGUAGUGAUAAAAAGUGGUUUAGAUGUACCAGAAAAGUUUUGGGGAUCCUACAGAUCUGGUGCUUACUUUGGACUUCAGACUCGUAGCGAGAAUACAUUAGCUACUGGUAUGAUGUGGUUUACUCAAAAGGUUGUGAGUAAUCGAAUAGAGAUUCGUCAUUGGUGUAACCAAUGGGAUAAUAUAAAGCAUUACAGUUGGUUAGAGCAUGAUGGAGAAAAUUUUGGCAUUCAAAAAAUUGAAGAUAAGGAUUAUUUCCUUGUUACUUCAUUUGUAAAGCAACCAGGUGGUGAUCAUGGUGGAGAUUGGACAGCAAAAAUCUCUGUUCGGCAUAAAGAAUUCAAUCCAUCACCUGUUCCAGUUUCUCUAAUGUUUUAUGCCUAUGCUACUGCUGAUGCUAGAUUGACACCUUUUGUCGUUAAUGAAGGCCAUUUACGUGGUAUUCGGGGGCAUAUGAAUGAGCUUGGAAAUUUUACUAUUCAGUUUAGAGAAAUUGAAACUAGCAAAACUAUUUUAAAGUAUAACUAUCUUUCAACCUACGCACCAUCUAUAGCACAUUUAAAAGAAUCUGUAAUUAGUCACCUUGCUCAAUUUCAAGCAAAAGAGCGUGUGCAGCUCCAAAUUUUAGGUUUGAAUGGUGAGGCAAUAUUUCGUAACAAAAAAGGUGAUAAAUUUACACCAAAUUUUAUUGUAUAUCAAGUAACAUUCAUUCCACCAUUUGAGCUUGAAGUUUAUUUUGAAUCUGGUAGUUUUACAAGUAGACCAUCAAAAUUUAUCGGGCCAUUGUAUAAUAUGGAGUUAGAUAAUCACAUGAAAAGAUUUGAAGAAACAUUUGAAUAUAAAUUUCGUCUUCUGGAUAAACUAUACAAUCCAGAAGAAAUUAAAACUGCUUGGGCAGCUCUAAGUAAUAUGAUUGGUGGUAUUGGGUAUUUUUAUGGUUCCUCUUUAGUCCAAUCUAGUCAUAAUAAAGAUCCAAUAAGUUAUUGGAAGGCUCCUUUGUACACGGCUGUACCAUCUCGUUCAUUUUUCCCUCGAGGCUUUCUGUGGGAUGAAGGGUUUCAUAACCUUUUGAUCCUUGAAUGGAAUCCUGAGAUCUCUAAAGAUAUUCUAAGUCACUGGCUUGAUUUAAUAAACACUGAAGGAUGGAUUCCGAGGGAACAAAUUUUGGGUGUAGAAGCAAGAGAAAGGGUCCCAGCAGAAUUUGUUAUUCAAAAAAACACGAAUGCAAACCCACCAACUCUCUUUUUGACUUUUGAGAGAUUGUUGAAUAAGAUGAAAACUGGAGAAAUUCCAGAAGAUAUAGAUUUUCUUAAAAGAGCUUUCCCUCGUCUUAAAGUGUGGUUUGGUUGGUUUAAUAGAACUCAAGCUGGAAUGAUUCCAGGUACUUACCGUUGGCGGGGACGCGAUUCUCAGACAGAUGCAGAGCUGAAUCCAAAAACUUUGACUUCUGGAUUAGAUGAUUAUCCACGUGCUACUCACCCGACUAUAGAUGAAAGGCAUAUAGAUUUGCGAUGUUGGAUUGCCUUUGCUGCUGGUGUGUUAGCUGAUAUAGGAGAUUUUAUUGAUGAACCUGUAGAGAAAUAUCGCAAUACUCACCAAUUUUUGACGGAUAAUAAGCUAUUGGAUUUAUUGCAUUGGUCUCUUAAAACUGAAUCUUACUGUGAUUAUGGAUUUCAUUCCAGGAGUGUUAAAUUGGUUCAAGAAAAAGUUCCUUUUUCACCGGGAAGUCAUGAAACUCAAACAAUUACUUAUAGGGAAGUAAAAGAAGAACCAGCCUUGAGGUUUGUCAAUAAUUUUGGUUAUGUUAGUCUUUUUCCAUUCCUUUUAAAAAUCAUUGAUGCUGAUAAUCCUAAACUUAUAAAAGUAAUGGCUGACAUAAAGAAUCCUAACUUACUCUGGACAGAUUAUGGGUUGAGGUCCCUUUCUAAGAGUUCACCAUAUUAUCUGAAAUAUAAUACUGAACAUGAUCCUCCCUAUUGGAGAGGGUCUAUAUGGAUCAAUAUUAAUUUUCUUGCUAUCCGAGCUUUUCAUCACUACAGUGUUGUAGAUGGACCAUAUAAAAAAGAGGCGAGAAGUGUAUACACAGAAUUGCGAGACAAUGUUGUGAAAAAUAUAAUAGAUGAGUAUAAACGAACAGGUUUUAUAUGGGAACAAUAUGAUGAUAGAACUGGGGAGGGAAAAGGUGUGCAUCCUUUUACAGGUUGGUCGGCUUUACUUGUGUUGUUAAUGGCUGAGAUUUUUUAAAAAUGCCUCUUUUUGAAGCAAACCAUUAUUCAUACUGUGUAUGAAUACAAAAUGUUUGUAUUUGUUUUAUUGUUCUGUUAUUUAUUUCAAUUGUUUAUGUGUUUGAUGUUGAAAGUAAUGUGACAGUGCAGUAAGCGACCAUCUUUUGAUAAACUUCACUGAUAAAGUGAUAUUUUUUUUAUUACGUUUGUUAUGAUUCUUAUUUGUUGGGAAAAUAAAAAUGUGUUUUUAAAACAGA